UUUGUCUGGCCAGCCCUCAGAGGCUGUAAUAACAUAUAAAAGACCACAAAUCCCUGAGGUUUGGCAUUUGAAGAGCCAACGAUGCUGCGAAAGGGUAUCACGGAGAGCUUUGGAGCUGCUAUCCAUGCCCUGGGCUCCAGCCAGCUGACAGAUGGUGUGAUUAACAGGAGCAAGAGGAUGAUGCUGGACACUCUGGGUGUUGGGUUGCUGGGAACCAGAACGGCUGUCUUCAACAAGGCUCUCAAGUACAGCCAGUCGUUCUCGGCGGAUCAGAGGAGCAGUGUCUGGGGCAGAUCAAAUGUAACCCUCCCUCCUCAUUUCGCUGCAUUUGUCAACGGCAUCGCAGUUCACUCCAUGGACUUUGAUGACACCUGGCACCCCGCCACUCAUCCCUCGGGGGCGGUGUUGCCCGCUCUGUUGGCGCUGGCGGAGACGAUGCCCAGCAGGCCCACUGGGUUAGACCUGCUGCUGGCCUUUAAUGUGGGCAUCGAGGUGCAGGGCAGGCUGAUGAGGUUCUCCAGAGAGGCCUACAACAUCCCUGAGAGGUUCCACCCUCCCAGUGUUGUGGGGGUGAUGGGGAGCGCAGCAGCCUCAGCUAAACUCCUUGGCCUCUCCCCUGCACAGUGCCGUCACGCUCUGGCAAUCGCAGCUUCCUCUGCCGGGGCUCCUUUAGCCAACGCCGCCACACAAACCAAACCCCUCCACAUAGGAAAUGCGGCUCGGAGAGGCUUGGAGGCAGCUCAGCUGGCCCAGAUUGGACUGGAGGGAAACCAGGCGGUUCUUGACAUGUGCAGCGGCUUUGGGGUUUACUAUAAAGACUACAGCCCCUCGGCGAUGGCUCACUCCUCUUCCAGUGCCUUUAAAUGGAUUCUGGAGGAGCAGGAUGUGGCGUUCAAGCGGAUCCCCGCUCACCUGGCCAUGCACUGGGUUGUGGAUGCGAGUCUGGCAGCUCGCAGGAAGCUCCAAAGCAAAGAGGGGAGCUUUGAUGUCAGCCGGAUCAGCCGCGUCACGCUGCACGUGCCUCCAUCCAAGUACAUCAACUGCCCCUUCCCUGCCUCAGAGCACCAGGCCAGGCACUCGUUCCAGUUCAACGCCGGCUCAGCUCUGCUGGACGACAAGGUGACAGUGGCGUCCUACCAUCCGGCUCAGAUCAACCGCUCCGCCCUGAAGGAGCUUCUGUCCAAAGUGGAGGUGCGGACGCCUGAAGAUAACCGGCCCAAUUUUGAUCACAUGUACUGUGAGGUGGAGAUAGAAACCGCCCAGGGGCUGAGCUGCACAGCCAGGUGCAACACCUUCUACGGCCACUGGAGGAAGCCACUGAGCCAGGAGGACCUGCUGGACAAAUUCCAGAUGAAUGCCUCCUCUGUGUUGUGUACAGAAGGGGUGGAGGGGCUGAUGCACGUGGUGGGGAACAUCGAGAAGAUCACAGAUUGCUCAGCUCUGUAUUCAUUCCUGAGGCACACCAGCAGCUGCUCUGAAGAAGAACUUUGUGAUUACGCCAUAAGAACAUCUUAACAGAAGGGAUCCACAUUUUUAGUGUACUUGUUUAUUUUAUGUGCAAUAAACUCAGCUAAGGAAAAACA